AUGGAGCCCCAGCCGGCUUGGGAAGCAGCGAAGGAGAAUAUUCAGCCUCUGAGACGAGGACGGAACAUCGCAUCCCUCACGGAAGCUCUGCAGAACCCCGAAAUUUUAGAAGAGAAGAAAAGAGAGUUCGAGGAAGACCUCCGAGCAUACGACGGUGAAGAUCCCCUCCAUGUUUGGGACAGCUACCUGACGUGGCUCGAAGAGCAUUAUCCGUCUGGCCUUCACGGGCUACAUCUACCUCAGCUGCUUGAAAAUUGCAUAUCGACUUUUAUCCCUGACCGGAAAUAUGACAACGAUCCGCGAUACGUGCGCGUAUGGCUCAAAUUCGCAGGUCUACAACCAUACCCAGAAGAAGUUUAUAAGUGCAUGUCUGCACGCGGAGUUGGGGUACGAUCGAGCGCUUUCUACAUCGAGUGGGCAGAAUAUCACGAGCUCUCUGGAGAAUCGAGAAGAGCUCAAGAGAUUCUUGAGAAGGGGAUCGCGAUGCUGGCUGAGCCGCAUGAUCAGUUGAAGACAGCCCUAAAACAGCUGAUACUGCGCAUCGCCCAGGGAUCAACGCGGAACUUCGAAGCUGAAUCAGAGGACGCUCCGCAGGAUUCGCGGAACGCUCUCUCAAAGCUCCGACCUACGGGAAGCAUCGAAGCUCCGAAUGUGCGAGUCGGUAGCAAUCGACUUGCCCUCCAACCUGGAGCUGUCCAGGGGCUGGCUUCGAAAUCCGGGCUCAAGAAUAGCAAAAUGGCGAUUUAUAUCGACGAGAACGCCAGCAGUGGGCUGUUCAGCGGAAUGGGCAGUCUCGCCGGAAGCAGCUCAACCGCACAUAGUAUCGCAUCGAAUAAAGAGAACACCAAGCGUGCGGAGAAGAUGGCACGACAAAAAAUCCCGCAGCGCUUGGCAGCCAGCGAGGGUCCAACCUUCGACGUAGUACAGGACGCCGAAAGCGAAUCCCGCAACCAGAACAAGAGCUCGACGACGAUUGUCGGCGUGCUUUCAACUCGCAAAGACAGUUCCACGCAUAUGUCCCUCUCGAAUGUUCUUGAGGGGCCUAAUAUCAACGAGAAGCGGAUGUACGAUUUCCUCAAGGUCUACGGAGGAACCUGCGAGUUCCAGUUCGAGGAAAUCCGAUUCGCCAAGUACAAGCGGAAGAUGGCGGCUAGCGGAGAUGCCACCCACACUACCCAUACGUAAUCCUCACCCUCGUUCCCUGCUCGAUAAAAGGAAAGAGUAUCCGCAUCCGGAAUCGGGACCAUAAUGACGGCGGCGCGGCGGCUUUACUUUUAUAGUACAUCUUAUCCAAAUGGAAUUUUCAUCCGACACGUGAAAAACAAAUUAUUAUCCCAAAGUAUGAUUGACGAUAGAAAAAACUCCAGAAUGUCCCCUUCUCAGAUUUGAGGAUGAUUAUGAUGAGGGUUUUAUUCCUUACGCCAAACAUGGUCAAGUUUACAAGAGGCAAGAUGAUCGAUUGAACUGUAUAAUAAAGAAUCUUCGACGCCUGCUCGA